AUGGCCUUUCUUUGCCUUUUCUGGGGUGCACUGUUUCGUCAAAAUGCAAACGUGGGGGGUCUGAACAUCUCCGUUGUAGACUUCGAUGGCCAGCCACCGUUUACCGGGGUCGCACCCUUCGUGGGUCCGUUUGUCACUCGCACUGUUCGCAGCAUUAUGGAGGAAGAUGGAGUGGUGCCUGGCUACACCUUUGCGUCUCCCGAAGACUUCAACAACAACUCGCUGAACGUACGCAACGAAGUUUACGACUUCCAUGCCUGGGCGGCCGUCAUCAUCAAUUCCAACGCCACAGCAAUGCUCGAUGCCGCAGUGAAACUGGGGAACGCGAGCUACGAUCCCUUGGGUGCCUGCCAGAUCAUCUAUAAUUCGGCGCGCGAUCAAAUUACCACCUCGACUUACAUUGUACCCAGUAUUAACACCCUCCAGAAGCGCGUAGUCACCGAAUUUGGCCGCGCGUGGAUCGCACAUCUUCUCCAGAACAACGUUUCAGUUACGGACAUGCGCCUAGACAUCGCACCCCAAGCUCUCUCUCCCGGCAUUGAGUUCACCGUCAACGACUUGCGCCCCUUUGGACCGCCUAUUGCUACACCCGCGGUUAGCAUUGGCCUUAUAUACCUGAUCAUCAUCUCCUUCUUUAGCUUUACGUUCUUCCUACCUAUCCAUCUGAAGUACCUCUCGCCCAAAGGUCAUCCACCGCUGCACUUCUAUCAGCUUAUCGUGUGGCGCUACAUCGCGACGGUCGCAUCUUACUUCUUUCUCUCUCUCGUCUACUCCUUUGUCAGCCUCGCCUACCUUAUGCCCAUGGACCGUCCUACUGCCUCCCACAAUCAGCCUGCCGGUAACCCUAACGCGUAUGGCAGAGGUAACUUCUUGGUAUACUGGAUGGGCAAUUGGAUCGGAAUGAUUGCUUUUGGCCUUGCGAGCGAGAAUAUGGCCAUGCUGCUGGGCUCCCCUUGGACGGCGUUGUGGCUCAUUUUCUGGGUCAUCAGCAAUGUCGCCACUGGGUUUUAUGCCCUCGAGCUUGCACCGAGCUUUUAUCGCUGGGGCUAUGGUUGGCCGAUGCACAAUAUCGUCGAGCUCACACGGUCAAUCCUGUUCGAUCUGCAUCCACGAGUUGGCUUGAACUUUGGAAUCUUAUCUGCCUGGGCUGUGGUAGACUCAAUCUUCUUCCCGCUUUGCUGUUAUUAUAUGAAGUGGAACACUGCGCGGGUUCGCAAAAAUGCAGCCAAGGCCGAGGCGGAUUGGCAUGCCAAGAUGGACAAAGAGAGAGAAGACCCCGGCCUAUUAGCAAGGGUCACUACGCUCAAGGAUAAAUAG